CCACGGUGAUGUGGGCGUGAUUGUCACAAGACGUCUCUGGUAGCUACUAGCUAAGCUGCUAGCUGGCGGCUUGUGCUUCUCGAAUGUGUGCUAUUCGCCUAGAAAAGUGCUGACGUAUGAAAACGCCGUGCUUCUUUUGGGGCGACAGAGGGAGAUGCUGUAUUUUUGUGAGCACUGACCCAUGCAGGAUGCCGUCCCGCUUCACGUGACACCAGCGGGCUGAAAUGGGCUUCCUAAAGCUGUUGGCCAGAAUCAUGGGUCGGGUCAGUACAUUCAGAUCCUAUCAGUUUGUGCUUCUCCUGGCUGCCACGCUUGCAGUUGUAGCUUUUUACUACUUUGGCUCGGAGAGGCACAGCUUCUCCAGCACCACAAAGAGAAUAAAGCAGACCCAGGCCAGCAGCAACAGGAAUGACGCUGAUCUCACCGUGGACACCAUGAUCUCACACCUGACUGAGUCUGAGGAGCAAGGAGGGGAAGAUCAAGAGGUGGAACAGGAGGGUGAAGUUUUGGGGACCAGGAGGGGGGAUGUAAAACCAAGUAGCCAGCACUAUCACGCUCUGAUGAUGUUCACAAAGGUGGACAGGAGCAGGAGCUUGCAGGAGAAGUUCAGAGUGGCCAUGUUGUCCUUGGUGAAGCACGGACACUUUUUGGAGGGAGAAAUGUUGGUGCUUCAUUUUGUGAGUGACCAGGCCAGCCAGGAACUGGGUCAGAGGAUGCUGCAGGAGUUUCUCCAAGAUGCAACAUUUAAAUAUGAGAUUUCCUUUCACGAUGUGGUGGAACUCACACACAAGCUGUACCCUAUCGUGGAGGCCAUGCAGAAGCAUUUCAGCGCCGGCUCUGGGGCUUACUACAGCGACUCCAUCUUCUUCCUGUCCGUAGCCAUGCAUCUCAUCAUGCCUGAAAGUUUGACUUACAUUGUGCAGCUAGAUCUGGACCUAAAAUACAGGACCAACAUCAGAAACCUUUUCCAAGAAUUUGACAAAUUCCCUCCAGGAGCGGUAAUAGGCAUCGCCAGAGAGAUGCAGCCAGUUUACAGACACACCUUCUGGCAGUAUCGUAAGGAGAAUCCCAACACCAGAGUAGGUGAGCCACCUCCUGAAGGCCUUCCAGGCUUCAACAGUGGUGUGAUGUUGUUGGAUCUAAGUGCCAUGAGGGAGUCAUCUCUCUACAACCAGCUGCUGAAACCCAACAAUGUGGCCAAACUAGCAGACCAGUAUCGCUUCAAGGGUCAUCUGGGGGACCAGGACUUCUUCUCGAUGAUUGGUAUGGAGCAUCCUGAGCUGUUCUACUCCCUGGCCUGUGGCUGGAAUCGGCAGCUGUGCACCUGGUGGAGAGAUCAUGGUUAUGGAGAUGUGUUUCAGUUGUAUUAUCGUUGUGAUGGACCCGUUUACAUCUACCACGGGAACUGUAACUCUCCGAUCCCAGAUGACUGAGUUUUCAGGUGAACCUUUUCAGAAAACGACGUCAGCAAUGAAGUGAACUCUUUACUGCAUUUUUCGGGAAUAAGGACCUGAUUGUCUUUUUAUUUUUACUUUUUUUGGAGGAGAGAGCCUCAUACUCUGCCCCCUGCUGGCUAGGGGGUUAAUAAAGAACCCUCCAAAACUUUUA